AUGGCCAAAAUGCCCAAAGUAGAGAAAAAAGCUGAAAAAGCUUCUGCUGAAGAAAAAACAGCAGUAGUGAAAAAUAGAAGAAUCAAGAAGAGGCAUGGUAGAUUAUACGCUAAAGCCAUCUUUACUGAUUACAAACUGGACGGAACUUCAGCUAAACAAGACAGUUGGUUUUAUGUUGGUAAAAAAUGCGUGUAUGUGUACAAAGCUAAAAACAAGACCUGUGUUCCCGGUAAACCCAAAUCAGUGAAAUCUAAAGUAAGGGCCAGUAACUAG